CCCAGUUAAUAUUUUUUAUUUUUUUGGGGGUGCAUGCUCCGUCAAAGUGGGACUCAAGAAACCAAUGGUCUAGACUAACUAACUAGAGGCCUCAAUUGUCAGAAUUGAAAAUGCGUAGGCAGAUAUAGUCCAGGUGCGCUCUGGUACAUAUACACAUGAUCCAUCUUCCAUCGUUGAAAAUCCCAAUACCAUCAGCAGCCAAACAUGCUCAAAGUCAAAUCUUUCUCCAUUCUCUUAUCACUUGGAUUGCUUGUGCUGCUUUUCUCAUAUGCAACUACAAAAACAACAGCUACAUCAGAAGAAUCAGAAGCAGAAUCCCUUCUCAAAUGGAAAUCCAGUCUCUCACAAACACAACCCUCUCUCAAUUCAUGGUCACUCACCAAUUCCACCACCAAAACCCCAUGCAAUUGGACUGGAAUCUUAUGCGACGACGUGGGACGCGUGACUGACAUCAACCUGCCGAGUGCCGGUUUGCAAGGUAAUCUCCAUAACUUGAGCUUCCCAUCAUUUCCGAACCUCAUUCGUCUCGAUCUCAAUAACAACACACUCCUCGGAACCAUACCGGCAGAUAUCGGUACUCUCUCUAAACUCACCUUCCUUAAUCUGUCCAUGAACAAACUCUCCGGUCCCAUCCCUUCGCAAUUAGGAGACUUGAUUAACUUAAAUGAGCUAGCCAUGUCCCAUAACCUUCUUAGUGGCUCUGUACCAUUGUCAUUAGGAAACUUAGCCAAGCUUACUGUAUUGAACCUGUGGCGCAAUCAGAUUUCUGGUUCCAUCCCUCCCAUUAUAGGAAACCUAACUGAUCUUACGAUCAUCAACCUCUCCCGUAACAAGAUUUCCGGCUCCAUCCCUCCACAAAUAGGAAAUCUUAGGAAUCUCACUGAGUUAGGGCUCUCCAUCAACUCUAUAACGGGUUCCAUCCCUUCCGCAUUAGGAAACCUGACCAAGCUCACCAUCUUGCGGCUCUUCGACAAUCAGAUUUCUGGUUCAAUCCCACAUGAGCUAGGAAACCUACGGAAUUUGGUUGACCUAAGCUUGCUGAUGAACAAACUCACCGGUCCAAUUCCUACAUCUUUUGCCAAUUUGAGUAACCUGACCAGAUUAGGUUUACUUGGGAAUCAGUUAUCAGGUUCAAUACAAUUCUCGAAUCUAAUGAAAUUGGAAACAUUAAGCUUGAGUGACAACAACUUCUCUGGCCAUUUGCCACAACUAUGCCAACGCGGAUCGCUCAAAAGGUUCAGCGCCUAUAAGAACAAUUUCACAGGUCCCAUCCCCAAAAGCUUGAAAAACUGCACAAGCUUAAUUAAACUCGUGCUCUACGGAAACCAGCUCACAGGAAAUAUAUCUGAAGAUUUAGGUGUAUAUCCAAAUCUUGAAUACAUUGAUUUGAGCGAUAACAACUUGUAUGGUGAUCUACCACCAAAUUGGGGAGAAUUUCGAAAUCUAACAAGGCUGCAUUUAUCAGGAAAUAUGAUUUCGGGUAGGAUACCGCCCAAGUAUGGGCAGUUGUCUCAACUCGGAGUACUUGGCCUUUCUUCAAACCAACUGGUAGGAGAGGUUCCAAAGGAAUUCGGGCGUAUGUCUUCUCUGUUGAACUUGAGCUUAAAUGAUAAUAGACUUUCUGGGGAGAUACCAUUAGAAAUUGGAAAUCUAUCCAAUUUGCAGAUUCUUGACCUGUCAGGAAACAGCUUGAGUGGACCGAUACCAGAACGACUAGGGGACUGCUCUGAACUGAGGCAUUUGAAGCUGAGCAAAAACAAUUUGAAUGGGAGCAUGCCAUUUCAAAUUGGGAAUCUAGUGUUCUUACAAGAUAUGCUAGAUCUUAGUCACAACUUGCUCACUGGAGAGAUACCAUCACAGCUCGGAAAUCUGCGAAUGCUAGAAAACUUGAAUCUCUCCCACAACAGGCUCUCUGGUUCAAUUCCAUCUUCUUUCGAAGAGAUGAACAGCUUGACAUCUAUUGAUUUUUCGUACAAUCAGUUGGAGGGUCCUAUUCCAGAAAGUAAAGUUUUCAAGGAGUCUCUGGUCGAGGCUUUCUUAGAAAAUAAAGGUUUAUGCGGCGAAAUUGAAGGCUUGCCAUCUUGUAAUUCAUCUUGGACAGGAAAUGGUGGUGGAAGAAAAGGCUACAUGGUUGCAAUCUUCGUCAUUGUUCCUAUUUUAGGAGCAUUGCUUCUUAUAUUUGUCUUUAUCAAAGUGGUGUCCAUUUUCCAUCGAAUGGCUGGAAAUACAGAGGAAGUGGAAAUGCGCAUAGCCAACAAUGAUCUGUUUUCAAUAUGGAAUUAUGAUGGGAGGAUUGUGUACAAAGAUAUCAUUGUAGCAACCGAGGAUUUCGACGACAAGUACUGCAUCGGAGUAGGAGGAUCUGGGAAUGUGUACAAAGCAGAAUUACCGACAGGUCAGAUAGUGGCGGUAAAGAAACUUUGCUCUUCGGAAGGUGGAGAAUCUGUCAAUGAAAUUUGUUUUAGGAAUGAAAUACAAGCGUUACUGAAAAUUCGGCACCGCAACAUCGUGAAGCUUUAUGGAUUCUGUUCAAAUGUCCAGCACAAGUUCUUGGUCUAUGAAUUCAUGGAAAGGAGAAGCUUGUGGAUUGUUCUGAGUAAUGAGGAAAGAGCUGUCGAAUUUGAUUGGAUCAGGAGGAUGAGGGCUCUUAAAGGAAUUGCUGAUGCUUUAUCUUAUCUGCACCAUGAUUGCACUCCGCCGAUAGUUCAUCGGGACAUAUCGGCAAGUAAUGUUCUGUUGGACUUCGGAUUCGAGGCUUGCGUUUCUGAUUUCGGAACUGCGAGAUUUUUAAAUCCCAAUUCAUCUAACUGGACUGCGUUUGUAGGCACCUACGGAUAUGCUGCGCCAGAGCUUGCUUACACAAUGAAGGUGACUGAGAAGUGUGACGUUUACAGCUUUGGAGUGGUGGCGCUGGAAGUGAUAAUGGGACAGCAUCCUGGAGAAAUCAUCUCCUCUCUGUCAUCAUCAAGUGGCCAGAACAUACUACUAAUGGAUGUGUUAGAUCAACGGCUCUCAUCUCCCACAGUUGAAGUUGCAAAUGAAGUGGUUUUGGCCGUGGUACUAGCACUCGCAUGCAUAUGCCCCAAUCCGCAAUCUCGACCAUCCAUGCAGUAUGUGUCUCAACAGCUAUCUGCGAAGAGGCCACUUCUUCACCAGCCUCUUGAUGGAAUUACAUUGCAUCAGCUUUUGGGCCUUGAGAUGUAAUCAUGUACGGAUGAAGAUUAUUAAAAUAAUACUAUCCCAUUUUCAAGUUUUUUCA